UAGAAGCCUCGCUGCAUCUCACAACUCUUUGAGGGAGAAGGGUCCCGCCAAGUGUUCGCAUUAGGGGCAUCGCGAUGUCCCUCCGCGAGAUUCCCUUUGAGAAAUUUGCCUAAAGGAAAUUCACAAUCUGGAAGUUUUUGACCAACACCAGUUACAUAUGUAUGGCGUUUUUUUCAAGCUAUGGGAGGAAACUGGAAAACGGAGGAAGUCCACUGACAGCAGGGGGAGAAUAUACAGACUCUGAGCAGAAAGUCGCCCGUGUCGGAAAUCAAACCGAUGCGCUUGUUGUUGUGAGGUUACGUAUCGCACACUGUGAAGAAUGGCCAACGUUAAGAUAACGCUGCUGCUACUUGUUGCUCUUGUCGGUCUGUGCGCAGCGCAAUAUCCGCAGUACGGGGAGGGAGACCGGAAUGGCAACGUCUUCCCACCGUUCGACACGCCACCUGGGCAAGGAGGCGCAUACUAUGACUACGAAUAUCCAGAAGGCUAUCAGACUCCCUCUCCAGCUGAACCACCUGUUGUGAUACUCCCGGCUGGUCAAGAUGUCACACCGACGGAUUCAUUGCAAGUCUAUGGCCCAAGACCUGUGGAGCCUGUCAAACCAGUUGAGCCAGAGCCCACUGAACCGGGUCUCGGAGGCUGCCGCGAGGAGCAGUACGUGUGCACGCGGCUCUACUCGGUGCAGAAGCCAUGCCGCGAGUGUCUCCACACGCGCUGCUUCUACAGGGGCGUUCGUGUUUAUGUUAUGAACAAAGAACUUUGUGUGCGCACCGUGUGUGAACAAGACCAGCUUGCCAAAGCCAAUCUGUGCCGAGACCAGUACUCCCACUGUGGCCUGUACGCCGGCCUCGGCUUCUGUGGCGACAUCUCGAGUUCGUGCGGGAAGAGCUGCCACUCCUGCUAAUUGCAGAGCCACGAGGGAGCAGCCGCAGCACAGGCCGAAGCGUCGAGGCCAAGCCAGCCUGGUGCAGCCCAUUCAACAACCGGCGUGUGACUUAUGUAAUGAAUAAAGUUACACGAACAUUAUGUCAUGCUUUGAAAUCCUAGAAAUGUUGAUUUCACAUUUAUGUUUAACUUGUACUUGAAUUUGUAUUGUAUAACCUCCAACAUUCCUUGUAUUCAUUGAUACAUAAUAACAUAGACAUACUGUUUAUCAAUGUUAUCUUACAUAUACUUGUUUUAAUUUCAGGUCAAAUUGAGCAUCAGGAGAUAAUUAGAGGUAUUUUUUAAAAUUGUGUCUAGAAAUGUAUUUUUCCUGUGGAUGCUGCAGAGUUUCUGCGAUUUUCUGUGCUUGCAAAAUCCCGCAAACUGCAUAUUCUUUGUGUUCAUGAGAACCUAGCUAAUGUCUCAGUGGCAGCUUGAAAACAUCGUUGUUACUGUCUUUUAUAAUUACAUACGUGUGCAGGUGCUGAAAACAGGCAGCAAUGUAGCAUGAACAAUGCCAUGUUAGGUGUGAUUAGCGAUGGUGGAAGGGCUAGGAUGGCAUUGCACUUCAAUUCAUGGGAAUGUUUAAAAGAGCACUCGACACUGCAGAACUGCAGUCUCUUUCUCAAUCUCUAAGCAUUCUGACAUGUAAUCAAUAUUAGAGCUGACAGAUAAUGGCCAUAAACGGCCUUGCCUUAUAAUUAAAAUGUCACUGAAACAUGCUUUCUGGGCCAUUGUCUACUUAGGCAAGAUUCGUUCGAGCAACGACGGUGUUUAUUGAGUGAUUGACAACCACGUGACCUCUUGCAAACAUGAGUGACGCACACCGAUGCGCCCCCUACAGGCCAGACGUGAGGGCAGCUUUACUGGGAAACCACUGCCACCCGUUUCCAUGCGUCGUGGUAUUGUGACGUGGCCACGAUAUCACGUAGGAUGUAUUACGGUGGAACUCUCAUUCGCAAUGAAAUCUAGAUACGGUGACGGAGGUAAGUUGAGUUGUCCUUCCUACCGCACCUCUGAUUAACACGGUUGGAUACGUAAGGUGCGAAAGAAGUUCAACGUACAUAGGCAAGGAUAUUUGCAGAUAUAGUGUGUCAUGUCAAGAUCCCUUCACGUGCCGUGACCAGGGUGAAAAACACUCGUAUGAACAGAAGCACAUGUUCGUAUCGGAGUAAGUUUAAUGGAAUGAAUGAGGAGCUAUCUUCCUUGCGGUGAGGAUGGCCUCGAAAUCAAUUUGAAAUGUUGCCUACUUGGCAAAAUUCAGGGGAAAUUAAGAGUAGGACUAAUCGGUUGGAGCUCACAGCCAGGCGCAGUAAAAAUGCUGUCGACGAGAAGAGUGGUACCUCGUAUUCAAAUGAUUUUACAGUAAAUAUUCAUGCCUCCACGUUGUACACGACGCUUUAGUUCACUUGCAGCUGCUCUGCAGUGAAUUACCUGGAAUUUUUCAUCCAUCAACCAUAUUACUUGGCUUUGCAUCUUAAGAAAAGACAAUUAGGUCAUUUAUAUCAACAAAUUAUGAACAGCACCAAUGUUUAAGCUCAAAUGACUCCAAGAGUUGGACGGCAACAUAACCAUUGUCUAAUAUAAAAGUAAAAAUAAAGUUACCAACAUAAAACAUG